UGACUGACACACUCACAGAGGGUAGUUGCCCAGAAGAGUGGAAUUGGUGGCAGUGAUUGUGGUGGUGGUGGUGGUAGUACACACUCACAUCACAACUCAAGGAGUGUGACAACCAACCAUUCCACCAACAACCAUCCAUCCAUCCAUCCAUCCAUCCGAUCUUUGGAAGAGCCACGAGUGUCUCUUCCAUCGCAUUCUUGUUCUAGCACUCCCCCUGGGUCGGGGUCCGUCCUGCGGGUGGUGUGCGUCCUUGAGCCCUGGGCUCGUGUGAGUGAGUGCUGAGAUCUGCGCGUUUCUGCGGCCAUGUCCGGGAAUCCUUUGGGCAAUAACGGGCCCACGGCGGGCAAUUCGCCGCCCAAUGCGGCUUCUUCACCCUUGAGUUCGGUGGGCAAUGGUGGCGGCGGUCCUAAAUCGCGCAUGGUGCCGUUGGGGGGCGGGGGGGUGGGAGGGGGUUUGACCUUAGGCGGCAAUGGGGUGGGCUCAGCCUCGGUGGGGUCCAAUGGCUCAGUCAGCGGAAAUGGGAGUGUGGUGGGCGGUGCGGCGGCGGCCGUGGCCGUGGGUGGAGCGGGUGUGAAUGUGGUGUCGAAUGUGCCGCUUCAAAAUGUUCCUCCGCAGAAUUCAUCGGCGAAUCAAGAUUUGGCCUCGUUGUUCGAAUGUCCAGUGUGCUUUGAUUACGUCUUACCCCCAAUACUUCAGUGUCAUGCGGGUCACUUGGUGUGCUCGUCUUGUCGUCCCAAACUCACGUGUUGCCCAACCUGCCGCGGACAGCUCGGUGGGAACAUUCGCAAUCUGGCCAUGGAAAAGGUGGCCUCCACCGUCAUGUUCCCGUGUCGCUAUCAGAGCUCGGGCUGCGGCACGUCCCUCCUCCACACAGAGAAACUCGAUCAUGAGGAAACCUGCGAGUUUCGGCCGUACUCGUGUCCUUGUCCAGGGGCCUCGUGUAAAUGGCAAGGAUCUCUCGAACAAGUCAUGUCGCAUCUCAUGCAAGUUCACAAGAGCAUCACCACACUCCAAGGCGAGGAUAUCGUCUUCCUCGCCACCGACAUCAAUCUACCUGGAGCCGUGGAUUGGGUUAUGAUGCAGAGCUGUUUUGGGCACCAUUUCAUGUUGGUGCUCGAGAAGCAGGAGAAAUUUGACGGUCAUCAACAGUUUUUUGCCAUUGUCCAGCUCAUAGGGACGAGGAAACAAGCCGAAAACUUUGCCUACCGGCUCGAGCUCAAUGGCCACAGGCGACGCUUGACGUGGGAAGCCACGCCUCGGUCCAUUCAUGAGGGCGUGUCGUCAGCUAUAUUGAAUUCAGAUUGCUUGGUCUUCGAUACGUCCAUCGCCCAAUUGUUCGCAGAUAACGGAAAUUUAGGCAUCAACGUAACCAUCUCCAUGUGUUGAAGAUAUUCAUUCAUUCGAUUCAAGCAGAGGACAAUGAGAACAAAAACGCAUCAGCAAGUGCAGCCGCCGCUGCCGCCAAAAUUUGUUUGAAUUCGAGUAUUUAACGCAACGCACCAAAAACAACCACCACACAACCACAACACCAUAACCCCACGAAGAGGAACGAAUCUUUAGGCGGAUCAAGGUUUUAUAUCCAAAAAUACAGCUAUAACUCAGCGAGGCCUCUCCUACCCAAUCUAAGACGGGGAAACUGUGGGAUAUGGGAACAUCCAGCCUUGGAGGAGAAGUAAUAAAGAGAAAAAAUAAUUACAAUUAAUAAUCAUUCUACGAUGACUGCUUAGCGAAUUAAAAAUCUCUCAUCUCGA